AUGACAGAAAAAAAUAUUUCAAUUUCUGCUUUCUAUUUAUAUUAGCAAAUUAUAUUAUUCACUAGAAAGAAAUGGAGUUAAAGUAAUAUAUAACAAUAUGUGAACUAUAUCCCAAUAUAAAUAUUUCACCAUCUUUUCAGCCCCAUCACUCGUCAUCAAAAAAUUUCCAAAUAAUCUCCAAUCCAAUCGCAACACAACCCAAUUAUCUCUAUCCCACCAAUCACACCACCAACAAUUCAUCUCUAAAAUUCCCAAAAUCAUCAACUAUAAGAACCUUCUCCUCCAAAAAAGAUUUUAAUAUUUUUGGGUAUUUUAUCAAAUUAUUUUUUAACUCUUAAUGCUGGUCAAAUAUUUGUAGAUUUCAGCUUUAUACUUGAUAAUGAGAUGCAAAAUCCUAAAGAAUAUGAUUUUUUUUUUAUUGUUAAAGGUUUUAACACAAGCAUGAUUUUCUUUUGA